AGUCACAUCUUGUGAGACUGCUAGUUUAUUUUUCUCUAAGAGCCCUACUCUGGUCUUCGGACAGAACAUGGGAUAUAAACGGAGAAAGAAAGCAAGGAUAUACAAGAAGGUACAGAAGAGACGGAGACAACGCAAAAGAAAGCAGGCAGUCAAGAGACAGGCAAGAAGAAAUGCAUUAGUUGCAGGUAUACAAAGAGGCUGGGACCGAUUGGCAGGAUUUAUGAAAAAGAAAAAAGAUCAGUUCCUAAAGUCAUGUAGAAGAUGUCCCAGAUUUUGGCAAGUGAGACAAAGGAGAAAUCUGGACAUUGCUGAAGAUCCAAGACAAGGAUGCAGCCAUUGGGCAAGCCAGACAAAGCUGCCAGAGAAAGAGGUGACCGGAAAAAAAGACUGCAAAACAGCCAUACAAAAGCACUGGGAUACAUUUGCGGGUUUUCUUACAAUGAAAAAAAAUCAAUUUGCAACAGCUAUUAGCAGAGGACACCCAGAAAUCCCAUCGGGUCAGCAAAGGUCAGAAACUGUGCCAUUAACAGUUGAAACAUUUACUUUCCACUCCCUUCUUGGAAAGGGAGGUUAUGGCAAAGUAAUGCUCGCCACAGAUGCUAUUCAUAAGGAAAACGUGGCAGUUAAGAUAUUAAAGAAAAGAGCACUAAUUGAAUCCUCAAAGAGAAGACAACGAAAACGUGAGUACAUUUCCACAGAGUGUCGGGUACUUCAGUUGGCACAUGAGAGUGAAUUUCUGACCCAUGGAUAUGCAGCCUUACACACAGACAGCUAUCUAUACUGUGUAAUGGAACUGGCUGGCGGAGGGGACCUGUUCCAGUUUCUGAAAAAGAACGAAUUCCUGGACCCAUACACAAUAACAUUUAUUGCAGCAGAACUGGUCUGUGGCUUGCAGUUCAUGCACUCCAGAGGAAUUAUACAUCGAGACCUCAAAUUGGGGAACGUUUUGCUGACCACUGACGGGCAUGUAAAGAUCACAGACUUCGGUCUGGCCCAAAGGAAUGCAUAUGGAAAAACCAAAGCCACAGUACUUUGUGGAACACCUGGCUACAUGGCUCCAGAAGUUUUAACUCGCCAGCCAUACAAUGCCGCUGUAGACUGGUUUGCAUUUGGUGUUAUGCUCUAUCUACUCAUCUUGCAAAAGCACCCAUUUCCUGGAAAUGCUGCCGUGAAAAACAUAAGGAUCCUUGAGCGAGAACCAACAUAUUCAGGGCUUACUGAUCCUGUAGCAAAGGACGUUUUAUCCCAACUCCUGUGCAAGGACCAGUCCCUACGGCUCGGGGUAAAUGGCAAUGUGAGGAAACACCGCUUCUUCUCCUCAAUCAACUGGAAGGAGAUAGAAACUGGAAAAGCAGAGUCCCCAGUCAAACCACACAUGGAGUCCAUGGAUAUAGAUGAAAAACAACAAAUUCCUGUGUCCUACGGUGAAGCUGACAAAAAGAAAAUUCCUGCCAAGUACCAGAGACUUUUUGAUGACAUCCAAUUUGUCUGCCCUAAAUGGGGUAAAACCUAUCAUAACGUGCCAAUGAAACCAGAUGCUAUAUCAUCGGUUGAUGGCGACGUGCACAACAACAACUAGAAACAUCUUAUACCUGCUGCCUGCUCCUACUCCGGCUACGUCUCUGUCGAUAUAAAAAGAUUACAGGCCACUAGAACAGUGAGCGGUGAUCAGCUGAACAUCUUA